GGGAAGUGAGUGCAGGCAGAGCAGCUGAAGCGCCAGACAAAGACACGGAGCGCACCGCGAUCCUGCAGCAUCCACACCCACCCACACACACUCACACACAGCAGCACUGUACCGCUGACCCAUAAUUCCUCACUACAAGACCUCUCUUCACCACCACUAUGGAUGCCCCCUCUGAUACUGUUGCCAUGGAGCUGGACUUCGGCCAUUUUGAUGAGCGGGACAAGACGUCUCGGACCCCUCGGGGUGGACGGGCCAAUGGCCUCCCAAGCCCCACCCACAGCGCCCACUGCAGUUUCUACAGGACACGCACACUCCAGGCCCUGACCAACGAGAAGAAGGCCAAGAAGGUGCGUUUCUACCGCAACGGCGACCGCUACUUCAAGGGCAUCGUGUACGCUGUGGCCAGUGACCGAUUUCGCACAUUUGACGCUCUGCUGGCCGAUCUUACCCGCUCGCUGUCUGACCACAUCAACCUGCCACAAGGGGUCAGAUACAUCUUCACCAUCGAUGGGUCACGCAGGAUUGUCACACUGGACGAGCUUGAGGAAGGUGAGAGCUACGUGUGUGCCUCUGAGAACUACUACAAAAAAGUCGACUACACCAAAAAUGUGAACCCCAACUGGUCCGUCAAUGUGAAAGCAUCAGCCAGCCAGAAGAUGCUGGCCAACCGUGCCGCCAGCGAGCCGAGGGAGACCAAGGACUUUGUGCGACCCAAGCUGGUGACGGUGAUGAGGAGCGGGGUGAAGCCGCGAAAGGCUGUCCGUGUGCUGCUCAACAAGAAGACGGCGCACUCCUUCGAGCAGGUUCUCACUGACAUCACAGAGGCCAUCAAACUAGAGAGCGGAGUGGUAAAGAGGAUCUACACGCUGGAUGGAAAACAGGUGACUUGCCUGCAAGAUUUCUUUGGCGAAGACGACGUGUUCAUUGCCUGUGGACCAGAAAAAUUCCGCUAUGCGCAGGAUGACUUUUCCCUGGAUGAAAAUGCUGUAGAGUGCCGGGUGAUGAAGGCUCCCAAAGGACAGAGGGGCUCCACUAAGAGUCCUGGCCCCGUGCGACGCAGCAAGUCUCCGGCUGAUUCCACUAAUGGAACAGGUUCCAGUAGUCAGCUUUCUACACCCAUCUCUAAGCAGUCUCCCAUAUCAACCCCGACCAGUCCCGGCAACGCCCGCAAACAGAAGGAUCUCUACUUGCCUCUGUCUAUGGAAGAUGAUGAUUCACAGGGGGAGUCCAUGUAGACUCUUUCUGCUUUGCCCUCCAAUCAAUAUGAAAUCCCAUCACAGAGAUAUCGCUGUUCCUCUCUAUCUUGGAAACAUCAACAUCGCCACCCUAGUGUCCUGGAUGACUGCAUGCAUCACCUUUGCAGCCUUUAAUCUCUGAUGCUUUGCAGCGAUGGUCAGCGCACUAUUUGCUGCUUGAGAAUUUGCUGCAUCCAUUUUCCGUGUUUUUUCCUGUUUUGAUAAUAGAUUUGUAGUGACUGAUGAAAACGCUAAGUAUAUGCGGGGCAUAUGCUGCAGUUUACACGUGAAUUUUGACAACAACAACCCAGUUUGUACAUGUGAUAUACUGUUGAAAUUAAUUUUAUAUAUAUGAGAAAUUUGAGAAGAACGUUACUGUUAAGACGCAGAUCAGAUCUUUCAACAUUCAGCCAUUUUUUUAAAUGAAUAAUUUUUAAUUUUUCAUACUGACUUUUUUUUUUAAAAAAGCUUGGUCUUGUGAAUUCCAAGCAGCAAAUAGAUGUUUUUACAAGGGUGUGAUAGUAUGACUUAAUUAAUAAUAAAAAAAAGAAUAAAAAAAAAGGAAAAAGAACAAAAAUGUAUAAAGAAAAAUACUUGUUGCACCAUUAAUACUUUUUAUUAAUAUUUUUUGUAACCCUCUCUCUGUCUCUCUCUCUGUGCAAUGGUUUAUUGUGAAUUAGUAUUUUAAAAGCCCUAAGCAUUUGAAUUAGUAUUUCAGAGCUACGUCCUCCAUAUCACUGUAAAUAAUAUGUACAGCCUCAAAACACACACAUCUAUGUUUUUGCAUUAUGGUAAGAUUUUUAAGACAUAGAUGUAAUGUUAUAUGCCCAUGGCUCUGAAGGUGCCCAUUGGAAAUUAAGAGGGGGGCCAAAGGCCAUAUAAUCAGAUCCUUUUACUUUCAAAAGCAAUCACAUUAAGGUUUAGAAUGGUAAAAUGUAAAACAAACACACAAACACACACACACACACACACACACACAACACACAUACACACACACACACACUUAUUUUCUGUUGAAGGGACUGGUUCAAGGAAAAGUUCACCCAAAAAUGAAAAUUAUGUUAUUAUUUAAUCACUCUUAUGU